AUGUUCCAACUUAUUAGAAAUCGACAUUCAGGGAAUAAUAUAUUGAGAAUCUUUUCACAUACAACAAGAGGAAAAGAUAGAUAUAUUACAAGUAGUUCUACGGCGCAAGUUUUACCAGAUAAUUUAAAUUCCAAUCGAUUAGAUGCCGCAAAUGAAGAUGAUGAGUUAAUAAGUCAGCAAUCUGAACGGGACGAAUUUGAAACUUCAUCACCCGAAGCUUCAUCACCUGAUGAAUGGAAGUUCUUAUUUGAGACUGUGAUCGAAGAAGAGAAGAAAGAACGCGAACGUCAUCCAUCAUCUUUUGAUAAUCAUGAUAGGUAUGAUAGGUAUUCACCACCACCUAGAAAACGACAGUCAUCAAGAGAGGAAAUUUAUCGAGAGAGUCAAAAAAGAUUUAUACCUUUUGAAAAAAAUGAGGGCGCUUUCCAUAGAAUCUUUCGUACCCUCCUUGAUAGUAAAAAUUAUGAACGUUGGAAAGAUUCGAGAUUAGACACGAUGAAUGAAGAAUCAAAGUCAUCAACAAUUGAACAAUAUUUGUAUGAUUUAAUGCGACGAGGUGAAAAACAACAACCGGUGAGCGAACAACAAGGGAUUCAAUUAGAACGAGAGCAUGAUGUACCAAAUGAGUCGAUGAAAGAAGCAUCAUCAUUAUCAAAUGUAUUUAAUGAACCGGAGAAUGAAGCAAUAGAAAUCAAAAAUGAAUUAUUAAAAUGCGAAGCAAAAAUACGAUUUCAAGAGAUCAUUUCUAAAAAUAUUUUUGGAGUUGAUCAUGAGAAUUCUAUUAAAUCAAAGCGCGUAGUUGAUGAUUUCAAUAGACCAUUUCCCUUUAGAUAUGAAAUGUUAUUAAAUCAAUCAAUUUUAUUGUGUAAUAUUAAAUUUAAAGAUCCUCAUUUAGCUUUAUCAAUAUUUGAACAAACAAAAAGAAGGGGAUUAUUAUCUUAUGUAUUGGGUUGUUCUACAAGAGUGUAUAAUCAAAUAUUAUUAAUUAGAUGGGAAUUUUGGAAAGAUAUAAAGGGAAUCGAAAGGUUAUUGGAUGAAAUGAAAUAUAAUGGAGUUUCAUUUAAUGAUGAGACUUUUAAGAUUAUUUCUGAUAUUAGUUUAGAAGUUGCUUCAUAUACUAACUCGGAGAAAUGGGAUUUAUUUGAUAUAGAAGCUUACAAAAACGUCUUAAAAUUAUUUAAAAUAAAUGAAGGAAAACUUUAA